CAAAUAAAUACAAAAACUUACCUAACACUCAACAUUUUUUAUAUAAUUUUGACGUCAUACGCAGCCAUCAGUCCACUUCACAUAAAUUUCUCAAUAUACAUGAAUGAUGAAUAUUCCACCAAAAGAUUAUACAUAACUUGUGAUUUAAUAUUCACAUACUUAAAAAUUCCUUAGAACGUUUGGUUAGAAAGUUAGCUAGAUUUAAGUUAAGUUAGGAAGAGUAUUGAAUAUUUCUUAUAAUUCAUUCCAACUUUAUUUCAUAUCCAACUUAUCCAGAAAUAAAGUUGGCACUAGAGCUGAUGAAAAACUAUAGAAAAAGAGCUUUAUCAAAUAUGGGAUUUGACAAAAAAGAGCUGCAAGUGAAAUUACCAAAAUGCCCACCAACGCCACCUCCACCGCCUCCGCGGCCAAGGUGGAGUAGCUAUACAAGGAGAGAGAUUGAGAAGUUUUGGAGGAAGAAAAGACUUGAAGAAGAGGAACACUUUCUUGCUGCCAUCAAAGCUGCUGCACGUCUCAGAGCUAGUCAUUUCUCUGAUGAGGACUAUAUGGUAUUUUUAGAGAGCUUGGAGUUGGACGAAGAUAAGAUCAAAGAGGAGGAUGUUAGCAUCAUCACUGAAAAGAAUUGUGGAUAUAAUAAUCAAGAGAUUCGUGUGGGAAUUAAGGAUUGGUGGACAAAAAGCAAAUAUGCUUACUUGAAUCAACCAGCUGUUGGAAGUGUGGGUCGACCCAGCAGAAGGUCAAAUUACAAACCCGAGAGUAUAUGGUUCUAUAGGAAGCCUUUCACAGUUGUCAAUCCCUCAGUUCAACCUCUAUAACUUGGCGUUUACUAAACUGCAACUUCCAUCCAAUUUCUUGCAACAACAAUGCAAUUAUAAUUGUUUGUAACGUCUGCUUUUUCUUGCAAGGAAGAAGUGGGAAAAGCGUACGUUAUGAAGUUUGGUGUGUGAUUGUGAAUUUGUUAUCUUAUUUAGUACCAAUUUACCAUGGAUUCCAACAUGAUAUGUAAUAUAUAUUGCUAAUUUGCUAUGUCAAAAUGUAAAUAAAUUAAAGUCACUAUUGAAUUGGGAUUCAACAUGUAUCACUUAUAAUUUGGUGAUCAUGUCAUGUAUGUAUAUAACUUGUUUUAUGUAUAAUCUAUUGUUAAUUUAAAGUAUAA